AUGGCCGAAAACGCAGCAAAGAGACUCAAGAUGUCACCCGUCACCAUCGGCACCCACAAUGGCCACUUCCACGCCGAUGAGGCCCUCGCUGUGCACAUGCUGCGCAAGCUGCCCACCUACCACGACUCCCAGCUGAUCCGCACCCGCGAUCCCAAGCUUCUCGAGACCUGCCACACCGUCGUCGAUGUCGGCGGCGAGUACGACGACGGCAAGAAGCGCUACGACCACCACCAGCGCGGCUUCGCCACCACCUUCCCCGGCAAGAGCACCAAGCUCUCCAGCGCCGGGCUCGUCUUUAUGCACUUUGGCAAGGCCAUCAUCGCCCAGAAGCUCAGCGAGGGCGCCGAGACCCCCGUCGCCGAGGACAGCGCCGAAGUUGAGCUGCUGUGGAACAAGUUGUACGAGAGCUUCGUCGAGGCCCUGGACGCCCACGACAACGGCAUCUCCGUCUACGACCCCAAGGCCGUCGCCGCCGCGGGUCUCGAGAAGCGCUUCAGUGAGGGCGCCUUCACCCUUGGCUCUGUCGUCGGCCGCCUGAACCCCAACUGGAACGACCCGGUCCCCUCUGACCCCGUCGAGGCCCAGAAGCUCGAGGACGAGCGUUUCGUCAAGGCCAGCCGCCGCAUCGGCGAGGAGUUUGACGCCGACCUGGACUACUACACCAAGGCAUGGCUGCCCGCCCGCGCCGUCGUGCAGGCCGCCUUCGAGAAGCGCACCCAGUACGACCCCCAGGGCCGCGUGCUCGUCCUCGAGGGCCAGAGCGCACCCUGGAAGGACCACCUCUACUCCCUCGAGGGAGGUAACCCCUCGGUGGUUUACGUCCUGUACCCCGAGAAGCCGACCCCCGAUGCCAAGUGGCGUGUGCAGGCGGUGCCCGUCACCAAGGACUCUUUCGAGAGCCGCAAGCCCUUGCCCGAGGCGUGGCGCGGAUUCAGAGAUGCGGAACUGGACGGCAUCUCUGGCAUCCCCGGCUGUGUCUUCGUCCACGCUGCGGGCUUCAUUGGAGGAAACAAGACAUUCGAAGGCGCCAAGGAUAUGGCGAUCAAGGGUCUAGAUCUGUGA